UUGACUGAAGGCAGCUGAUGUUUGAAGACCUUGCACGAGUAUCGUUUAAUCGACUGUUUAAUUAACUUUAUAGCACUUGUUCCAUAAAAAGUUGCCCUCGUUACUGAGAAAUGACGGAUCUUUUAAUGCCUUUGACAACCUGGUGCCUCUGACAGCAAGAGACUUCAGGAGCCGGUGAAGCCUCGACAGCCAGCUUCCACUGGAUAAGUGAAAGCACUCCACCCUGCCUCUGUGCACGCAGCUGUUAGGUCUGCAUACUUCUCCUUCUUCCUCUCAAAGGCAGACUCCAGGCCAUCUUGCAUUCAUGAAGAAAAGGCUCAGCACCCAAAUCUCUAUCACCUAUUGCCUCAAUGGUGUACAGUGUCUUACAGUGUCUGUAAUAAGGACUGUAAAAAGAUGGACUAAUGAAGCAGAGCGGGAUUUACAAGCCUGCUUCAAAUGCACUGACUGGAGUGUUUUUGAAGCUGCUGUCUCCAACCUGGACGAGCUCACGGAUUCUGUAAGUUUCUGUGAGGAUAUGUGCAUCCCUACCAUGACUCAUUUAACUUACAACAAUGACAAACCAUGGUUCAAAGCAAAACUCAGACAGUUUCGACAGUCCAAAGAAGAUGCCUACAGGAACAGGGAUAGAGUCUUGUUUAAAGGGCUAAAUACACACUGACAAAGGAGAUCAGAGUGGCUAAGAGGAACCAUUUUGAAAAGCUGAGAAACCAGUUUUCAGCCAACGACACUGCAUCAGUGUAGAAAGGCUUGAAAGACAUUACUAACUACAACCCCCCACCCCCACCCCCACCCAUCAACACCUCCAGCUUUUUUGUUUUUUUUACAGUGUGGUGUGGUGUAUUAGCCCAAAGCACAUUUAUUGCAUUAUUGUCCUCUUUUUACUAUUUCUUUCUUGUAUUUUAUCUGUGUCUCUUUCUCUCAGAGGCUCAGGCCUUUGUGACCCUGGCCACUACAGAUUCCUAUUGCAUGGGAUGUAUAGUGGUAGGCAAAAGUUUGCGCAGACAUGGAACAUCAAGGAAGUUAGUGGUGAUAAUUUCCCCCAGUGUUUCCAGAGCAGGAAGAUUGGCCCUGGAGGACGUGUUUGAUGAAGUUGUCAUGGUAGAUGUGUUGGACAGUAGAGACAAGGCUCAUCUCGCCUGGCUGGGACGUCCUGAACUAGGGGUCACCUUCACCAAACUCCACUGCUGGACCCUUACACAGUUCAGCAAGUGUGUGUUCUUGGAUGCAGACACACUUGUACUGUGUAAUGUUGAUGAGCUGUUUGAAUAUGAAGAAUUAUCUGCUGCACCUGAUCCAGGCUGGCCGGAUUGCUUCAACUCUGGGGUAUUUGUGUUUAGGCCCUCCCUGAAUACUCAUACCCAAAUACUGGAACACGCCGCACAGCACGGCAGCUUUGAUGGAGGAGACCAGGGUGUUUUAAACACUUUCUUCAGUGACUGGGCAGUAAAAGAUAUCAGGAAGCAUUUGCCAUUUGUGUACAACCUCACAGCCAGUGCCAUCUACACGUAUCUGCCAGCAUAUCAGCAGUAUGGCCACCAUGCAAAAAUUGUCCACUUCUUGGGUGGGAUCAAGCCCUGGCAUCAAUCCUAUAAUCCACAGUCUGCCAGUGAGUCAUAUUUCAAUGGUUGCAAGAACUUUGAGCAGUUUAUACAUUUAUGGUGGGCGGAGUACUACAGUCAAAUCCAGCUACAAGUUAAGAAGGAUGACAAGAAUGAAGACUAUUCAGUGCAGCAGUUGGAUUCCCUACAGACACAUCAGACUCCAUCACAAAACCAAAAGAGCAGCACUGAAGCCCACCACAGAGAGAUGAGACCCUCUUCACCUCUCCAAGAUCUGACUUUGGACUCAUUGACAAUCAGCUCAUUUGAAAAGCCUGAGGAAAUGUCAGUGCAGCAGUUGGAUUCCCCACAGACACAUCAGACUCCAUCACAAAACCAAAAGAGCAGCACUGAAGCCCACCACAGAGAGAUUAGACCCUCUUCACCUCUCCAAGAUCUGACUUUGGACUCAUUGACAGUCAGCUCAUUUGAAAAGCCUGAGGAAAUGUCAGUGCAGCAGUUGGAUUCCCCACAGACACAUCAGACUCCAUCACAAAACCAAAAGAGCAGCACUGAAGCCCACCACAGAGAGAUGAGACCCUCUUCACCUCUCCAAGAUCUGACUUUGGACUCAUUGACAGUCAGCUCAUUUGAAAAGCCUGAGGAAAUGAAUAUUCUCUUUGAUGUCCUGUCUGGUGGGGAGACUGACGAGACCCCUAUAGUCAGCCUUUCGUCUGAGCAAGAGAGUGAGCAAACUGAACCAGAGACUGCUGAUGAUUCUGCCGCAGCCACUGGAGAAGCUAUUGCAAUUGAGACAGAGCAAGAAGACUUGGAGCACCGGCGCAUGUGGGAGGAAGGUCACGCUGAUUAUAUGGGCAGAGAUGCCUUCGACAACAUCAAGAGGAAACUUGACCUAUUCCUUGAUUAAUUGUGUGUGUGUGUGUGUGUGUGUGUGUGUGUGUGUGUGUUGGAUGUGUUUUCAAGAAUGUAUAACGCAGUAUCUCAAUAUAUUUUCGCUUGUACUGUAUGUCCAUCAUUUCAACUGUUACGUUUUCACCUGAAAUAUAGCCAUUUUUUCUACCUCUGUAGUAUAUUUGCCACAAUGACGGGAUCAUAUCAAAAAUGAAAAUGUCUUGCAUAUAAAUGUAACAUGUUAAACUGAACUUAGUAAUUCAAUUUAUGUACUAUGAGCCUAGAUUAUGUGAUAUAUGGUCUAUCUUAGCCUCUGCUGUGAUCUUUUGUUUGCAGUUUUAUUAAAGCGUAACUGUAAAUCAAUCCCAUUCUAGAGCUGUUAAAGAAGCCAUUAUAAAUAACUUACUAAUUAAUCAAUUAUUAAAUCAUGAGUAAGGAAUUAAGAGAAGGUCUGGUAUUAAUUGUCAAUGUCCAAAAAUAAUCGUGUAACAUCCUUUUCAACCCAGAGGAAAUGUACAAUUGUGUUCAAUAGCGUUAGUAUUACUAUUAUUAUUUUGGCCACUAGAGGUCAGGCUAUAAACACUCUCUAGCUUUAACACCGCCACAAUCUCCACUGGUAGAGCAGGCGGUCAUCGUGAUUUUGCCAAGUGAGACAUGUUCCUGGAUCAACAUAUUUUGUUGAUCCUGGAACAACAUUCCUAUCCGAAAAUUUUGUCCUAACCUUUUCCCAACCCCUAACCCUACCCAUAACUUAGGCUACCCCUAAAAUCAGAGGGAAAUGAUAGUUGAAUAAUACUGUUGUGGAAGCACCUAACCCAGGUUGUAAGCCUAGUCUUGACAUAAAUGAAAAACUUGUCCCUCAAAUCUGAUUGGUUGAUUGGAAUGUUGUUCCAGGAUCAACAAAGAUGUUGAUCCAGGAACAUGUUGUACUUGGUGAAAUCGCGGUCACCAGAGCAGUCCAGUAUGAUGCAAAACUAUAAAUCAUUUAAUAUUUAAACAUCUAUUAAAUGGUGAUAGUCAUAAAUGAUUAUUCCUCUGAGCUUUACAUCACAUCUCUUUCCAGAGAUGUUGACCCGUCUCCAAAUCUUAUCUUCCAGACACCACAAACUUAUGGUAAUCAAACUAGUGGUCAGGCAUAGUCAAAGGCAGCAUGUUCUGUGAUGCAUAUUUUUAAACCCUUAAUUGUUUUCUCAAUGUUUUACUGGAGCCAUUUUUACCCCCUGGCCCUGUACAAUUAACAUGACAGCUCUUUGAAGUCAUGAAAUAUUUAUGCUUAUGUUGCACAGUCAGAUAGGGAGCAUCCUUUAUUUGAUCUUGUUUAAUAAAACACGUCGGCCACAGUAUCUUGAGGUUUUCAGGAGUACCCUUCUGAUCUCUCUCUCUGUUUUAAACAGCGCAAAGAAAGAUUUGAUUGCAUUCUGAUUCACUCUAAAUAUAUCUCAAUUUUAACCAUUACUUUACUACAUUAAUAUUAUUUAAAUUAAGCAAAUGCUGUCAAUACAACAGGGUUGGAACAUGGAUGCAAUGUAAAUUUAGUAAAUGUAAAUUUUUUGUUUGUUUGUUUUUUUUGCAUUCCAAUUUGCUCCAACACUGGAAGAAAAACACCACUGUUGCAUUUCCAUGACUUUUCCAAGAGAGUUUUUCUGAAAAGGGUUCAUUAAUAAACACAAUCUACAUAGAUCAGUUUGAGGUAAUGCAGUUUUUAGAUAAGCACAAUUUAUAUGUAGAUAAAAUGUUAGCCACCAAUUCCAUCAUUAAGCAGUAUAUUUUAACAUUCACAUAUUUUCACUGCCACAACAGGUGCAAUUUAAAUGGAUCGUUCACCCAACGCUCAAGUUGUUCCAAACAUGUAUGAAUUUCUUUCUUCUGCUGAACACAAAAGAAGAUAUGUCGAAGAAUGUUGGUAACUAAACAGUUUAUUGGACCCAAUUGACUUCCAUAGUAUUUUUUUCUUUCUUUUCUUUUUUCUUUUUUCUUUUUUUUUUGCUAUAGAAGUCAGUGGGGUCAAUCAACUGUUUGGUUACCCAUAUUCUUCAAAAUAUAUUCUUUCGUGUUCAGCAGAAGAAAGUAAGUUUGGAACAACAUGAGGCUAAGUAAAAAAAAAAUAAAAAUUCCGGUAAACGUUAAGCAAAUGAAGUUGACAUUUUAUAAAAAAAAAAAAAAAAAAAAAAAUCAAGAUGUGGCACUGGACAUAAA